UCAAAAUUAUAGUCUCUAGUUGAGGAAAAAUGCCUCGUGGGUUCCAAAUUAGAGCGACUUCAGUUACCAUAUUUGUCCAUCUGUUAUUCAUAGCAAUAACAACACUAGUGCUAGUUUGGUUGUUUCAUUUCCGUGAAGGCGUUGCUUUCAAUUCUUCCAACAAACUCAAGAUUUUUAAUCUCCAUCCACUUCUAAUGGUAAUAGGGUUUAUCUUAGUAGGUGGUGAAGCUAUCAUAACUUACAAAUCCAUCCCUGGGAAAAGAAGUUCAGGAAAAGUGGUUCAUCUAUUGCUCCAUCUGAUAGCUCUAACAUCAGGAGUUUUAGGAAUUAUUGCAGUUUUCAAAUCCAAGAAAGAAGCCGGUCUUCCGAAUAUGUAUAGUUUGCAUUCUUGGCUAGGCAUUUCAGCAAUCUCUGCAUUUGGUUUGCAGUAUAUAUUGGGCUUCUUUAGUUACUUCUUCCCAGGAGCAGAUGCUUCUACAAGAGCUACACUUCUGCCAUGGCACAAGUUUCUGGGAAUUGUGAUAUUUCUCCUUGCAGUUGGCACCGCUGAAACGGGUUUGGUUGAAUAUUUUAGAUUUCUGGAAUUGUUCAGAAGCCAAGAGGCAUUAAUAGUGAAUUUUACUGGUCUCUUGCUCUUUCUGUUUGCUGUAUUUGUUGGUCUUUCUGUGCUUCUACCAAGAAAUUACAAGUAAACUCACUUACUCUUUUUUAUUGUAUUAGAGAAAUGAUUCUUCAACAUCAAUAUAUUGAUGCAAAAUGUAAUGUCUUCUGAUUUUUGUGUUUCUUGGAAAUAUUCUUUAAUGGUUGAAGAUACUAUAUAACAAGAGAG